CUUCAGCCUGCAUACUUUCCCUGUGGUCUGUGAAGUACCAAAACCUGGUGGUAUCUCAUGUACACUUCUUCCCUCAACUCACCAUGCAAGAAGGCAUUCUUGACAUCUAAUUGAUGCAACUUCCACCCAAAGUUUGCAGCACGGGAAACCAAUAUCCUUACUGUGUUCAUCUUUGCCACUGGAGCAAAUGUCUCGUCAUAGUCCAUCCCAUAAGUUUGACUAUAUCCUCUGGCGACCAAUUUGGCCUUAUACCGUUCCACCUUCCCCUCAGGAUUCUGCUUCACUGUAUAGAUCCACUUACAACUCACUGCUUUCUUUCCUGCCGGCAAUGUGGUUAGCACCCACGUCUUGUUUUUCCUCAGUGCUUCCAACUCUUCUAUCAUCGCUUCACGCCACUUCGGAUCUUGCUUUGCAGCCUUCCAAUCCUUUGGGAUUGACACAGUUUGAAGAGAGGCAACAAACACUCUAUAGGAAGGAGACAAAGCCUCAUAAGACACACAAUUUCCAAUGUCAUGAUCAUCAAAAAACUUCGGUGGUAAAGCCUUCUGUGCCGCUUCACGUGUCCCCUUUCGCAAUGCAAUAGGCAGUUCCACCGUGUCAGAUGAGCUUGCACCACUGCCUUGUUGCUCCCCCUGCACUUGCUGCUCCUCCUGCACAAGUGGUUGCCGCCGUGAAUAGACCAGACGUGUGUCAGAUGAGCUAUGCACUUGUGGCACUUGUGGCUGCCGUAGAGAGUACACUAGGGGAAUAUUCUGCCACCGAUCUGGAACAGGGAGCUGGAGAUUACCAAUCUGAAUGGAACCCACUGUUGGCUGGACCUGAACCUGCACAUCACCAUCAGUGAGAGUACCAACCGGAAUUGUACCCACAAUUGGCUGGACUUGAACCUGCACAUCAUCAUCAAUGUUAGUGCCCACAGAAUCCUCCUGAGUGUGAGACACAGCCUUCUCCCCCUCUUGACCAUCCUGCACAGAGUGUAAAUGGUCAAGCUCUUGAAACAACACACUUAGAUCUGUUGGCUCACCAUAGAAUGGCUCAGACUCCCUGAAGGUUACAUCCAUACUGACAAACCUGCGUUUCUCUGAGGGACACCAACAUUUAUAUCCCUGCUGACUAGAAGAAUAGCCCAGAAAAAUACACUUCACUGCUCGCGGAUCAAGUUUUCCAACAGAAGGACGGUGAUCACAAACAAAACAGGUACUGCCAAACAAUUUUGGGGGAACAACAAACUUAGUUUCUCCAUAUACUAGCUCACACGGAGACUUCAUGCUUAGUAUUCUUGAUGGUGUCCGGUUGAUCAGGUAUGUGGCUGUCAUCACUGCUUCACUCCACAAGAAUUUGGGCACAUUCAUCGUAAACAUCAAUGACCGAGCAACCUCAAGAAUAUGCCGAUUUUUCCUUUCCGCCACUCCAUUUUGAGGAGGGGUGUCUGGGCACGAAGUUUGAUGAAGAAUACCUUGAUCAGACAAGUAGGCCCCAAAUGUGUUGUUCACAUACUCUGUCCCAUUGUCAGUCCUGAUCACCUGCACCUGCACCUGAAACUGAUUCUUCACCAAGGCAUGGAAAUUCUGAAAACAGCUAAACACCUCAUCUUUGUGACGCAUCAAAUAAAUCCAGGUCAUACGAGAAUAGCAAUCGAUGAAUGUCACAAAGUAUUUCAUUCCAUUCAUUGAUACAACUGGGCUCUUCCAUACAUCCGAAUGAAUAAGCAUAAAAGGAGAUAUGCUCCUAAGCCCCUUACUCACAUAUGAGGCUCGUGUGUGUUUGGCAUAUUCGCAAGCAUCACAUGUCAACUUGCCCUUGCCUAUCCCACACAUAACAUCCGGAAAGAUUCUACUCAUCUUAUCAAAAGAUACAUGUCCCAUCCUACAGUGAUGGAUCAUCGCCUCCUUCUCCUUGUCCUCCAUGGUCGCAACACACACCAAGUCCGGCUGCACCUCCUGGUCCAUGUACCAGAGCCCCCUACGCCUGGUGCCAGUCCCAACUGUCUGGCUCGUCUGUCGCUCCUGAAUCACGCAACCAAAUUUGUCAAGGAUCACACGAUAGUCAAUUUGAUCAAUUAGGGCACUGAAGGAGACCAAAUUGACAGGAAAAGCUGGCACAUGUAAAACCGAGGAUAGGGAGAUGGUUGGAGUGCACUUGACUGUGCCAACCCCUACGACAGGCUGGUUUGUGCCAUCAGCAGUUUGCAUAGUGCCCGUGUGAGACGGAGGGUGCUUAGUGUAAGACUCAAACACGCAAGAUUUACUAGCAACAUGCUUAGAUGCUCCAGAGUCGAGAACCCACUUUGGAGCACUCCCAUUAGAAGCAAGAGAUGCCUGUUCUGGAUUACCUUCAUCAGUGGAGGCCCAGAGAGCAAAGUCUCCAUAGUCAACAUCAUCUGCAUCUUUGCCUUUUGACGUCCCAGUGUCUCCUGCCACUGUCAUGUGAGCCCUCUGAUCCCCUGAGUGUCCUGAGUAGCCACCUCUGCCCCUAGAAGCCUGACCCCUUGAGGUCCCUGAGUAUCCACCUCUGCCUCUAGCACUCCUGCCUCUGCCAGUUCCCCCUCCGUUGUAUCCCCUGCCUCUGCCACGAGUUGGACACGCCCACUUCCAGUGACCUGGCUCCCCACAGAUAUGACAUUUGUUGGGAUCGCCCCACUCCAUGCACUCAAUGACUGCAAAUGUCGAAGACGGCACAGCCUUCAUGUCUGCAUGCUCAAGAGAUAGCCGCACCUCCUCUUGAGACAUAGCAGCAAUAGUCUCCUCAAUAGAGGGCAGGAGAGGUUGGUGCAACAGGGAUGCCCUCCUGCCAUGAAAACAACCUCUAAGCCCCUCCAACAGUUUCAGCACAUGCCUGCGUGCAAUCCACUUGCGCCCUGACUCGAUGCAAGCCGCAUCGUAGAGUUCCAGAGGGUCGCAGUUAUCCUGCUCUGCCCACAAAGCCUGCAGCUCUGCCACAUAUGUCAUCACUGACAUGUCGUCGCCUUGAUGCAGCCAACUGAUCUUCCCCUCAAUCUGAGCAAUUAGCAUGACAUUGCCCUUAUCUGAGUACAAGGUGGACAGAGUCGUCCAUAUCACAGCGGAUGUGGAUAGCCCCUCCACAGAGCGUCCAAUGGGGGGCACCACCGAGUUCAACAACCAGCCAAUGAGCACAGAGUUUAUGACCUUCCAUCUUUUUCCCUCCACAGUAGUCUUGUCUCCUGGUUCAGCAACAACGCCGAACAAGUGCCCAUCAAGCUCCUUCUGUUCCACAGCCAGCAACGCCCUCCGGGACCAGCUCAGAUAAUUGGUAGCCCCCUCUAACUUCAUGUCCAUGGACGACAGUUCGAUCUUCUGAGCCACUUCCUGUCGAGGAAUGAUCGCCCCAGAUUUCGACUCCUCGAAGAUCUUAGCAAGCUUCUCGAAAGCCUCAGCAAGGCCUGUUGGCUCAGCCAUCUUCGGUCAGGAGGAGUGGAAGCAGCAACACUCAGUAGCAGCAACGGACACAGCCUCUACACACCCAACAACAGCAUCCCACAACAGCAGUAGCACUGACCACCACCAGUAGCAGCAAGCAACACCUCUUCCUCCCAAGGAACAGCAGCAGCAACGGCAGCUCCAUGACCACCUCUCCUACCUCCUCCCGCCGCCUCACGCAGCAGCAGCAGCACAAAAACUCCAGCAGCACCUCGCGCACUCACGCAAGCACUCCUCCUUCGCAUGGACAACACCUGUGCAGCCUUCAGGUCGCGAGUCCCUCCGUCCUCUGCCGCGUCAGCCCGUGCACGGCCGCGCAGGCAGCGCCGCACCCGACCACUCAUGCGCAGCAGCGCGUUGACGCCGCGACCGUCGUCGCCCAGGCACUGGCCCGCGCCCGCGCCUCGCCGGAUCCCCGCCGCCUCGCCGGCCGGCGCCGCCGUCCGUUAGGCCCCGCCGAACCUGGCCUCUGAUACCAUGUUGAUUCAGGGAGAGAGGAGUACCUGCAGCGUGAGUGUGAGUGUGUGUGGCGGCUCUCACUGGGAACGGGAGGACUGGAUGCCCCUUCUAGGGUUCUUUGUAUAAACCCCAGUGUGACGAGGAAUUGAAGCCAAAAGUAGGGAUGAUAUUUGAUGACAUUGCCUUGGUGCUGGAAUUUUACAGGACAUAUGCACACAAUGUCGAAUUUGGUGUGCGUCUUGGACAACAGAGGGUCGUAGAUAAUGUGCUUCAAUGGAAACGAUUCCUGUGUGCAAAAGAAGGCUUCCGUCCCGAGAAAGGUAUGGUUGUUGUUGAGGCUUCAAAGAAAAGGAGAAAGGUUAAAUUGACUAGAUGUGGAUGUGAAGCUUAUAUAUGUCACUCGAGAAAGUAAUGGAAAAUACAAGAUAGCUUCACUCAUUGAAUAUCACAAUCACCCUUUUGUGCCACCGAGCCAGCAAUACUUGAUUAGAUCCAAUCGUCAAGUUAGUGAGAGAGUGAAGACAACACUUCACGAUUGUCAAAAAGCUAGCAUUGGCACUGCCUUAGCAUAUAGGCUGCUUAAUGUUAGUGCUGGUGGUUUUCAGCAUGUUGGGUGCACCCGGAAAGACCUACAGAAUCACUACGGUGGACUGAAAAAUAAAAUAAGAAAUUGUGAUGCUCAAAUGUUGGUGGACCAAUUUGGUAGAUUGAAGGCUCUGAACCCUGCAUUUUUCUUUGAAUAUGAAGUUGACGAGGUCGGUACAUUGAUUCGUUUAUUCUGGACGGAUGCAUCAAGUAGGAAAAACUAUGGGCAUUUCAGCGAUGUCGUAUCUUUUGAUUCGACAUACAUCACUAACCAAUAUGAAUACACCUUUGCGCCCUUCACUGGAGUAAACCAUCACAUGCAAAGUGUCUUUUUUGGGGCGGGGUUUCUACUUCAUGAGACAGAAGAAUCCUAUAUUUGGUUGUUCAGGUCAUUUCUUAGAGCAAUGUGUGGGAUUGCGCCUAGAGUGAUCAUAACUGAUGAAUGUGUUAGGAUGAAAAAUGCAAUCGAAAAAAUUCUACCGAACACGACACAUAGAUUGUGCAUGUGGCACAUUAUGGAAAAGGUUCCAGGGAAGGUACGCCCGGAAUUGAGGAAUGACCUUGUGUUCUAUGAUAGGCUGAAACAUUGUGUGUGGAAUUCUGAAACACCUGCUGAAUUUGAGGAUAGAUGGCAACCUUUCAUCAUAGAGUUUCAGUUGGAGGAUCACGAGUGGUUUGCCAAAAGAUAUAAGCUUCGUGCGACAUGGAUACCAGCUUACUUUAUGGACAUUCACCUAGCUGGUCUACUCAGGACAACUUCUAUUUCAGAGAGUGCAAAUUCAUUUUUUAAACGUUUCAUUCGUCGCAAGCUUACCUUUGUUGAGUUUUGGCUAAGGUUUGACACUGCUUUGAAAUGUCAAAGGCAAAGUGAGCUGAUUGCUGAUAACACAAGUGAAUACACAACAAGUGAGUUGUUGACAUCAUGGGAAAUAGAGAGACAAGGUAGGGCGCUAUUCACCCAUGAGGUUUUUGAAUUGUUUCAGGCUCAGGUGCUUGCUGCCAGAGAUGAUUGUGAUGUUCAGCAGACAGAAAAUCGUGAGGGGAUUAAAAUCAUGUUUGUCAGUGAUCAAUACAAGAAGAUUAGAGAAGUGUGUUAUGACACAACAUCCAUGACUGCUAAAUGUUCUUGCAAGCUUUUUGAGUCCAAGGGAAUUGUGUGCCGUCACAUUAUUAGGGUAUUGAGGGGUGCGAAAAUAAAUGAAUUGCCAAGCCUUUAUAUUCUUAAGCGAUGGCAGAAAAAUUGCAAAAGGGACAUUGUCUAUGAUGGGGAAGGGAAUGUGCUUGAAGAAAAUUUAACAGAUCAGGUUGACAUUGUUGUGAAAAGGAAGAUAGUUGCUGUGAGGGACAAGCUAGAAGAUCUCAUACAAAAAUCCAAACGCUCCAUGGAAGGAAUUGAAUUCCUGCACAAUAGUUUGUGUGGCAUUGAGUUGGGUUUAGCCCAACUAGUUUCGACCGUGCCAUGCAAUACACAAGAAAAUGAGGAGUCGUGUAUUGGGAGUGUCAUUCCAAAGGAUGUUACCAUCCUCACACCUAAGGAUAUCAAUGCAAGGGGCACAUGCUCUAGAAUAAAGGGCCAUAGGGAUGGUGCAAGGAGUGGAUCCGGUGAGAAGAGAAGGCCUGGAAUUCAUCAAAAAGUCGCACGCAAAUGCAGCAUUUGUAAGGAAAUGGCGUUUCAUGAUGCAAGAACAUGUUCUAAGAAACAAAAAACAAAACAAUAGAGGUAGGUCGAACUGAUCAAGUCUAUAAGAGUCCAACCUCUCCCAGCAGGAAGCUCGAUUACCAGGAAGCACUAACACAAGGCAGAAUGAUAGAUAUUUUUGGUCUUGUACCAGCAAGACGCUUGUUGGGCGAUGAUAAUUUCAGUCUUUACCACUUGGUCUUGCCGGCCAUAUAUUAAAAAUGAUCUGUAUGUUUCAUGUAGUCAAGUACUCAAAUGCUUGCUGAGCACUGAUAAAUUCAGUCCUUAAUUUGUUCUACUUCCAGUUUGACAUGUACGUGUGGUCCUACUUGCCUCUUGUGAUGUGUUCUCAUGUACUCAAGUACUGAAAUGCUUGCUGAACAUCGAUAAUUUCAAUCCUUAAAUUGCUAUAUUUUCCAGUU